AGAGAGAGAGAGAGAGAGAGAGAGAGAGAGAGAGUAGAACUAAUACAUCCAUGGAGUAGAAGAGAAAUGAAUGAAACGCUGGUUUGACACUGGUCAUUAAUGAGCUAGCGUUAAGUGCGUCCUGGAAGCACAACCCUACUAAAGCUAAACUACAGGAGGUGACAGGCAGCUGAUGGUUGCUGGCUAGCCAAUGGGGCUGUUUGACAGGUUGGCAGGAUGGCUGGGGUUGAAGAAGGAGGUGAAUGUGCUGUGUCUUGGCCUGGACAACAGUGGAAAAACCACCAUCAUCAACCAACUCAAGCCCUCUAAUGCCCAGGCACAAGACAUCGUCCCAACCAUUGGCUUCAGCAUAGAGAAGUUUAAGACAUCCAGUCUUUCCUUCACAGUGUUUGACAUGUCUGGUCAAGGCAGAUACAGAAACCUUUGGGAACACUACUACAAGGAAGGACAGGCUAUCAUAUUUGUCAUUGAUAGUGCGGACAAACUCAGGAUGGUAGUAGCCAAAGAAGAACUGGACACAUUACUAAACCAUUCUGAUAUUAAACACAGGAGGAUCCCCAUUCUGUUCUUUGCUAACAAGAUGGAUGUCAGGGAUGCUCUGUCUUCUGUCAAGGUCUCACAGCUGCUCUGUUUGGAGAACAUCAAAGACAAACCCUGGCACAUCUGUGCCACUGAUGCUCUGAAAGGAGAAGGUUUACAGGAGGGAGUCGACUGGUUACAAGAUCAAAUAAUGCAAUCAAAUCAAAACCAUGAGAACGUGAGGGCAUGAGGAUGGACACGCCAGAAGUAGCAGCAUUCGUGGAAUUCUUUUAUGAAAGAUGAGUUGAGACAGGAUAGCGAUGUUUUAAAUGGGGUAUUUAGAUGGUCCUUGGGUAUGUGUCAAUUCGUUAAAAAAAUGAGUACAUGAUUUGAUUUUUCUGGAACCAGUAAAAAUGCAUCCAGCGACAGUGCUGAGUCAAUUAGAAACACACAAAAUUGGCAACUGUAACACAUUUAUUUUUGGUGAAUUCUUACUUCUCCAUGCAAGUGUUAUGAGUUUAAAGCUAUAGUGCGUAGUUUCUGUCGGCCCCAUGAGGAAUUCUAAGUAAUGACAACAACGCUGUCGGCGCGUCCACACGAUACAAGCCUUCCGUGAUCGCGCACCGCCCCCACCCUUCCGUCACGCUGUUGCUAGUAGCCACGGAGGAUUAAAAAAACAUGAUGGACUCUUCAGAAGAGGUCAUUAUCUUCAGCUUCUGCGCGUGAAAGUCACCGGACGACACGAUCUUCUGAACACACCCAUACUGAGAACUACAGAGAGAGUUGUGUGGAGCUGAUCGUCUUAAUUGGCUUUGUAGCAACUCAUUUGGAAAUGGCUUGAAUGUAACGGACGUUCAUUAAUAUAAAAAAAUGACGCACUAAAGCUUUAAACUGAUAAAUACAGCUGUCUGAAAUUAUGGAAGAUUCUAUUUUCCACUGCACACUUAUAAGGGAUAAAUGCUCUGACCUGCAAUUAUAUGGCCACUGCUUGAGAGCAGGUGACAGUCUUUGUCAAGCCUCCAUGCAUCAGAUAUAAUUCUAAAUAAAUGUUGGCAGAAAUGUAAAGUACUAUGUAAUGGGCUAAUGCAUAAAAAACGACCUGUAAGGAAGGUCCUUUUUAAAAAUUGUUUCCACCUCUGAAAUAUGCCAAAUGCAUCUCUCUCAGGGCCUCUGUAGAUACAUUAUUAUUUGUGUUUGAAGCUUCCCAACAGUUAACUAUGAUUUCCUUCAGCAAACUGUCAUGCAUUCCACUGCACAUCGCCUUUCUCAAACUUGUAUAUUGGGCCAUCUCACCGUCACAUUACUUCACUUGCUUCAGAUAAUAUUUCAUGCAGCUCUGCUCAUGUUAGAUUAAUGUUGCUCUUUUUUUGAGUAGCUGUGGAAAUAUAUUUGCCUAUUGACGAUGAAAUGUUUUCCAGGACCCAGUAGAUUUUGUUGUAUACAUUGUUACUUGUAGCUAAGUCUACAUGUAUUGUUAACUUAGUUGUAACAAAUGAUUGUCGUAAAGUGAAUGUCAAGGUAAUUAGUUUGCUUAAAAAUCAAAACUUGUCUUUACGAAGCUAUUUUUCAACCAGUGUUUUUAUCUUUGCCUUAUUUCAUUGCUCAAAGGGAAAAAAAUGUGUAAUCAAACAAACUGCAUCAUAUAAUUUACUUAUCGUGCUUCAGUGAUUCAAAGGCAGACUCCUGAAAAGAAAAUUCAUCUGUCCAGUCAGUUUUUAAUGCAAGCCUUUGAUCCUCUUCUUUAGUCUGACUGAAAAGCUUGCAUCAAAAACAAUUUCUGUACAGAUCAGACUCUGGGGUUGCUUUUUAGUUUUUGUGCAUCACCUCAACAAAGCUGUAUAGCAAGUGAGAGGUAAUAUGCCGACAACUGACAAGAAUGUUUGAUAAAACAUUUAAAAGAAGUGUUUUUAUUUGAUAUACUUUUUGCUUUCAUAAAGGUAUCAUCUGUUAAUUGUUAAUUUUCAGUACCACAAAUAAUAUAAAUUUCAGAAACUACAAAAAGACCUUGUGACACUUGUAACAGGGUACAAUCGCUAGAGAUCACUAAUGGGGGUCCUUACAGUCCCGUUCCCUUUCAGGGCUGUACCAUACACCACUGUUUGGUUUACAUUAAGACAGGAUUUUGUUCAUGGUUUAAAAUAUUAACUGUAGAAUGUAUUACCAGAGUGUAUGUGGAGGAUAGGACAAAACAAUUCUUUCUUGUAUUAGUUUUUGUGAAUUUAGUUCUUGAAGUUGUGAAUGAAUUAAAAGUCAAUUCGUGGUUAGUCAGGCCAUCUCAACAGAUUUACAACCAAAGAAAACUUCACAGAUACAAGAAAAACAAUCAUUCAAUUUGUCACGUACUUUAUUUUAGCAUAAAGACAAGAAACACAAGCCACAAAUUCAGCUUUUGUUGCUAUCUGGGUUUUAAAUGGUUACAUCCUGAAAGUUGAAUUGUUGUACAGUAGUGUUGCUGUUGCAAGGGGACAUUUCCAGUGGAAAUUGCCCGAUCUGCCUGCGAUUUGAUUUCGCCCUGCAGCUCAGGCUGGUAACCUGUACAUUUAUCUAUCCUGCUUCUGUUACAAAUUUGCGGGGACCAAUCACAAACUGGCUUAUCCACCUGCCACGCUAUUGGCGGGUUUAUAACGCGAUGACGAUAGAGAAGCAACCAAGCAGCUUUUUGUUUACAUUCAACAAGCAGCCAUCGAAGCGCAGCACUCCAUGGCAGCAACCCGUUGAUGCCGCUGUCGCUGCUACGUCACCCGGAUCGUUGAUCUGAUUGGUUGAAGGACUAUCCAAUUGCGUACAGAGUCAUUUGAACUAUGCCUGUUGAUCAUGCCUCUUGUGUAGUAGAAAAUACAGAGCAGACUCCCCAGACUAAUGUUAUAUCUUAAAAGACUGAGCUUGGUCUGGUGAUAGCCAGACUAGGUCCAUGUGUUACUUUCAGCCCACUCAUAUUAGUGUCCCUGUUUAGACCACUGGAGGACGCCCCAGUACAAAAUAUUCAAAUCCUUCUCAUAGUGGCUUUAAGGACACCAUAUUGAUUUUGUAAUAUAAUUGUCUAUUUCUAACUGUAAGACAUUUCAGAGUGAUGAUUUACUGGGACAAGUUCCAUAUCCUUCGGCCACCUUACUUUAUAUUUUCAAAACAAAGCAAGGGGUCCGGUCCUUGUGAGAUCACGUUUCAUAUCCUGCAGACAUCUAUUUCAAAACAAAGACCCUCUGAGCACAAGUUCACUUUAGCAUCAGAGAUGUAAUAUAGAUAGUUAUCAAAUUAGCUCUAUGUAUGUUGUUUAUUACAUUGUAUGAGUGUAUUUUCAAAGAAUAAAUGCUGUGAAAAAUGAA